GCAGAAGCACAGCGACUCUGCGUGAUCCGUAACGCGAUUAUCUAAGAUCAGUGCGCAGCAGUUCGAUCUGCACCGAAAUUCCCCAAAUUUGCCUGUUUCAUCACUUAUACUCUGUCUUAAUACAUCAAUCACAUCUCCAUUGAACGCAACGAAUAAAAUGCGCAACGAGAACAAAAUCAAAAGCAAAGCGGUAGCCCUUUAAAUUACGAAACUACGGUUCGAGUAUGGCCGGCUGAGGCAAGCAACAAAAAAUGGCGCUGUUGAAGGCAAGGAAGGCAUUCAAGGUUUGACGCAAGAAAAAUGAAAAAUGGGCGCAAAUGGAUCAUUGUUGGAGAAGGAGAUUGGUCAUGAUCAGUUCCCAUCGAACGAGCACUACUUUGGCCUUGUAAACUUUGGCAACACGUGCUACUGCAACUCGGUCCUACAAGCGCUGUAUUUCUGCAAGCCGUUCCGGGAGAAAGUGCUGGAGUACAAGGCCCGCAACAAGCGCACCAAGGAGACCCUGCUCACCUGCCUGGCCGACCUGUUCCACAGCAUCGCCAACCAGAAGAAGAAGACGGGCACCAUCGCCCCAAAGAAGUUCAUUGCCCGGCUUCGCAAGGAGAACGACCUCUUCGACAACUACAUGCAGCAGGAUGCGCAUGAGUUCCUCAACUACCUGCUGAACACCAUUGCGGACAUCUUACAAGCCGAGAAGCAGACGCAGGGGCAGAGCAAUGCCAAGGGCAACAAGUGCUCCUCGGCCACAUCUGCGUCCGACCAGCAGGGCUCGCACACGCCCCAGCAGCAGACGACGACCACCCUGGGCGCCCCCAACCAGGCUACGGCUACGGCCGCGGCCGGCACUCAGCCGCAGUCGAAUCCACAGCCCCACAAGCCGGAGCCUACCUGGGUUCACGACAUUUUCCAGGGCACACUCACAAACGAGACGCGAUGCCUCAAUUGCGAGACGGUGAGCAGCAAGGACGAGGACUUCCUCGACCUGUCGGUGGACGUGAGCCAGAACACGUCCAUCACCCACUGUCUCCGGGGCUUCAGCAACACGGAGACCCUGUGCAGCGAGCACAAGUACUACUGCGAGAACUGCUGCAGCAAGCAGGAGGCCCAGAAGAGGAUGCGGGUGAAGAAGCUUCCCAUGAUCCUGGCACUACACCUGAAGCGCUUCAAGUACACGGAGCAGCAGAACAGGCACACCAAGCUCUCCUACAGGGUGGUCUUUCCCCUCGAACUUAGGCUAUUCAAUACGUCGGACGACGCCUUCAACCCGGACCGGAUGUACGACCUGGUGGCCGUGGUGAUCCACUGCGGAAGCGGACCUAACCGGGGCCACUACAUCUCCAUAGUCAAGAGCCACGGCCUCUGGCUGCUCUUCGACGACGACAUCGUCGACAAAAUCGACGCAGCGGCCAUCGAGGACUUCUACGGCUUGACGUCGGACACCCCAAAGACCUCCGAGUCCGGCUACAUCCUCUUCUACCAGUCGAGGGAGUAGCUCAGACGGCGCCUGUCCGCCGGAGACUGAAAAGGCUGAAGAUUCGUCGUUGCAGACAAAGAGGGCCCGUAGCAAGAUCCGCAGCAGGAGAAAGAAGAACGACCUCUCUUUCUUGUGUCUGCCGACCAAGGUGCAAUACAGAUGGGCGCAAAAAGCCAACGGGAGACAGAAACGACGGAGAGGAACGGAAGGCGAGGCUCAGUCCCCUUCCGAUUGCCUCGUUUUUGCUAGACGAGCGGCGGGGAAACGGUAACCACCGACGUAGAGACGAGAGUGCCAGGGCAGACAAAAACCACGGGUCAGCAUUUUGUAGGGGAAAAACGACGGGGCAGCGCCAUUUCAAAACCGAGGGAUUCGAGGGGGUACGGGAAAGAGUCGGAAGCGGUUGACCCUUUCGGCGGAGUAGAAUUUCGGGUUGGAACGGAACCUCUUGUACAUAUGCAAAUUUUAUACGAUCCAUCCCAGUGGGAGAGGCAACAGUAAUGUGGUCUACCUUUUUUUCUUGCGUUUUUUUACUCGUGGUUUUGUUGGCAGGAUUGCAUUUUAGAAGUUUCUUCGUCAUCUCGAUUUUACGUACGUAGGAGAAGGCGUCGAAAGAGGGGUGCGAUACGGAGCGUGCGUCUUCGUUCGACUAACGACCGACCGGCCCUCUCUUAGAGAGUUAGCGCUAGCAUUAGGUUUCUUCUUCAGCAAUGAGGUGGAAGUGGACGUGGUGUACAGCCUGAUUUGCGACGUUAACUAGGUUUCCACCGGGGCACGGCGUCAUCACAGUGGGACUAGCGUGGAAUUCAAGGCAAUAUGAGAUAGGAACUACUAUGCCAAAACAGCAAAAAGUAGAGACAACGGGGCCACCCAAACCGAAGGUUGGUUGUUGUCGUUUCGAAGAGUGAUGUUGCUUAAGAAAAUAAGGGGAACCCUGUUGUAUGUGUGGUGAGGACCUCAUCAAAAAGAUGGUCCCGUCCUCGUCAAAAGCACUGUUAAUGGCAGAGUUGUACAGAAAGCACCACGAGAGUCUUUAUAAGAGGCCGGGUAGGGGAACUGCGAAGAUUUUGUUCGGUAGCAUUAUGCAGCACAUGUAAAAAGUGUAAGGAAGAGGAGAAAGUGCCAGAGCCUCAUCCACAUUGUAUAAUAUUGUACAGUUGCGUUGCCUCUUAUUAAAGCUUUGAAAGCAAUGA